AGGACGUAGAGAUUUGAAGAAGAAAUAGUGAAUAAGGAAAGAACAAAGAAGAAAGAAAAAAGAAAAAAAGGAAAAAUAACAAAUAAGAAAUAAUUUUUUUAAAAUGCCACGUGAAUACUCUUUUGGGCUUAUUUUCUUAGUCCCACAAAUUAUAAAAAGUGUGAUGUCACACUCCAUGCCACAUAACGAUGCAGUGGAGUUUUAUAAAACCUCAUACUUUAAAUAUUAAAUUGACAAAAUGUGGAUGGUUGAGGGGAUUUUGAGGUAUUUAUUUAUACUAGCUUUCAGACAGCCACUUGAAAUACAUAUAAAUAUUACAUCUUUUAACCAUUUUAUCACCACUUUCUUUUCAAUACUUUUUGCCAUACCCAAGAAGAAAAUAUGGGUGUGAAAGGCAAGUUGAUUGCUUCAUUAGAGGUGAAAUGUGGAGGACACUUGGUUCAUGAUAUUUUGCACACCAAUACUCAUCAUAUACCCAACAUAAGCCCGGGUAAGAUCAGCCAUUUUGAGAUUUGUGAAGGGGAAAUCACAAAGGUUGGUUCAAUACUAAACUGGAAAUAUAAUGACGAUGGAAAAGAUAAAAUUCUUAAAGAAGUAGUUGAAAUCGUCGAUCUUCAGAAGAAAUCAUUCACUUUCAAAGUGAUUGAAGGAGAUCUACUAGAGUUGUUCAAUUCUUUUACUAUUAUCACAUCAGUUGAAGACCAGUGGGCUACAUGUACAUUGGUGUACGAGAAAAAAACUGAAGACAUACCAGAGCCUAUCAUUCUCUUGGGUUUAAACCUUCAUGUGAUCAAAGAUAUAGAAGGUUACCUUCUCAAGUAAUAGAAGAUCUCUGGUAUCCGAUUGUUCGCAGCAUUACAUGUGUGUGCGCCCGCGCGCAUGUAUUUAUACACACACAUAUAUCUAUGUGCCUGUAUGUGUGAGUUUGUGUUACAUAAUAUAUACUGUAUGUAGUAAUAUCGGUUAGUUUUAGCUAGCUUGUGAACUAAAUAAUGUUGUGUUAAGAAUAAAGUAUAUGACAUUCUGCACCCUUCUAUGGAUGUAGUCUCAAUGGCCAGUAUAUGUAAGAUA